UAAGAGUGAGGAUCAGCCUUAUAAACAGGCCUCAAUCAUUGCCCUGACCCAGACCCCUGCUAGCUCGGACCACAUCAGCCCAGGAUCAGCAUGGCUGUCCGCCUGUGGGUGGUCGCCCUGGCCGUGGCCACCCUUCUCAUUGUGGACAGAGAAGUGCCAGUGUCUGCGGUAAAGGUCAUUUCCCCAAGAAUGCCCAUCUGUGAGCACAUGGGGGAAUCUCCAGUCUGUGCCCAGACAUCCAACCCGGUCUGUGGCACUGAUGGCGUCACAUAUGACAAUGAAUGCCAGGUCUGCUUGACUCGGAUGAAAACCAAACACGACAUCCAGAUCGUGAAGGAUGGCAAAUGUGGACCCUCAUCGCAGCCUCUUAAGCCAUGAAGUCUUGGGCUAGAGAACAAUGGUGGGAGUGGAGGAUGUGACAUGAAUAAAAGAUCCAGCCCAACUCA